AUGGACAAGGACGCCGAUUCCGUCGUGAGCCAGUCCACGCCUCAGGGCAUCACGACAAUCACGAUCAAUCGACCGCACCGGCGAAACGCAGUCAAUCCCGCCACCGCGCAAAAGCUCUACGACGCCAUCAUCGCCUUUGAAGACGACCCCACCCAGAAAGUCGGCAUCCUCGCCGGAGCGGGCGGCACCUUUGCGCCGAUUUCUCAAACCGAUGCCAAUGUAACGGAGCCCUCGGCCAACAUGCUCCCCGUCUCGGGGCGCAACCUGGGUCCCAUGGGCCCCUCGCGGCUGCAGGUCAAGAAGCCGCUCAUCUGCGCCGUCGCAGGCUACGCCGUAGCGGGGGCCUGGAGCUAA